AUGUACAAGAACCAGCUUCAAGAGCUGGCCCAGCGGAGCUGCUUCAACCUGCCUUCCUACACGUGCAUUCGGGAAGGUCCCGAUCACGCGCCCAGGUUCAAGGCCACCGUCAACUUUAACGGCGAGAUCUUCGAGAGUCCUCACUACUGCUCCACUCUCCGUCAGGCCGAACACUCCGCCGCCGAAGUUGCUCUCAAUUCCCUCUCCCACCGUGGUCCCUCCCACUCCCUCGCUGCCAAGAUCCUCGAUGAGACUGGAGUGUACAAGAACCUUCUACAAGAAAUUGCGCAAAGGGUAGGAGCCCCAUUACCUCAUUACACAACGUACAGGUCUGGCCUAGGACAUUUACCUGUUUUUACUGGGAUAGUAGAGCUUGCUGGAAUCUCAUUUACUGGAGAACCUGCAAAGAAUAAGAAACAAGCUGAGAAAAAUGCAGCUAUGGCAGCAUGGUCGGCAUUGAAACAAUUGGCAAAAGAGACUGCAAGCUCCUCAACGGAACCAGAGAACAAUGAUGAACUGGAACAGAUUACAAUAGCGCGGGCUUUACUAAACUACCGUUUGAAGGAAAAGAUGACAAUGUCUAAUCCAAAUACUCCCAUUUCAUUUCAUAAAAGGUUUCAGAUUCCGAAUCCCAGACCAAUCAGUUCUCAACCACAGCCAGCCACUUCAUCAAAGAUCCUUCCCCUAAUUUGCCAAAAGACAGCACCUCGAAGUAAGCCAUCAGUGGCAACAGCAAAUGAAAGUAUUCGAAGCAGGCAUCCACAGGCUGCAGUGACCAGUGACAAUUCCACCCUUCCACCACAGUCUUGUGCUCUAGAAAGCCGAGGGGUACGUCCCCUUAAGUUCCCUGCAGUAGGAGCAGCACCUUAUGUUCCUAUUCGACAAAUGAGAUCAUCUUGCCAGGGGAUUGCACCAGCAGUGACUAUAAGGACUGUAGUACCAGCAUUUGCUGCACCACCUUGCCCCCCACCUGCCUCAGUGCCAUCCCAUACUGUAAUACGGGCUCCUCCAGUACGAGUUGCUCCUGCAGUCCAUAUUCGACAAGCUGUUCCUGUAUAUGCUGCUCCACCUCCUAGAAGGGAUGAAUCUGCUCCCAUACAAAAGGAUCUACCAAUUGCUAGUGCCCCCUGCCAGCAAGAUAAACAGCCAAUUAAAAUUCAAGUGACGGACAAGGCUGAGAACAUACCACCAGAAUCAGAGACUAUGGGUAUCUUGGAGGAGCUGAAAAUUUGA